AUGGCACCAGCCUCUCGACUUGCUCUUGCACAUGUUGUGCGGCUUUUGAUUCUGCGCUCCGCUCACUGCCUCAUGCGGCCGGAGACCGAAGCCUUGCUCCAGACCCAGGACGGACGAAUACGGAAUGUGGACACACCCUGCACGUCCUAUGGUCCAGGUUUGCAUUUGGUUCAAAUGCCCGAGCUUCAGCGCCAGUUCCUGCUAUCCGUGCCUGAAGACUUUGCACCAGGCAGUGUCCCUUUGGUCCUAGCAUUUCACGGCUUCUCAGACUCGCCGUGGUAUACAAACGCUAUGAUGGGCCUCUCCAAGAAGCUGACGAGAUAUGGUUGGUUAGGCAUCUUGCCUUUCGGUAUGAAUACAGGUCGCAGCAAUGGCAUGAGCGGCGUGGGAGCGUGUUGUCCUCCCGAGUGUCAAGGCGAGUGCUGCAUGCAAGGCAAACACCUUAAUCAAAAGGAUGACUCUGCCUGCGGCUGGCGGGACAUGCAGCAAGACUUAGGUUUUGUGCAGGCUCUCUUAGCCUGGGCGCAACUGAAUACCUGCGCAGACAUGAACAAGGUUUUUGCCACUGGCUUCAGCAAUGGAGGGCAGUUAACCAACUACCUCGCUUGCCAUGCCUCGGAUCUGUUCAGGGCUUUCGCACCUAUCUCAGGGGACCUGGUCGACUUCACGUGCGACGCAAAGCGCCCCAUCUCCUACAUCAGCAUGUGCGGCUCUUCGGAUGAUGAGGCCUUCUGCCAGCCGACCUUCGUAGGCACGGCAGCCAGCUGGAGCUCUCGCAGCAAAUGCGAGGGUGCGGGUAUAGAGGGUGCAAAGAUAUUCAACUUCUCUGCCACGACCUCUUGCUUGAUGUGGGAGUCCUGCGAAGAGCAGAACUUCGUCGAGGUUUGCUCCACACAGGGCCUCGGCCACGAUGCCAGCGGGCAUUUAAGGCCCGAUGGCACCAGCAUCCUCCGCCCCGAAAGCGAUCUCGACAUCGUUGGCUACACUUUGCAGAAGUUCUCCAUGCUCGUGGAUGGUAGCAUCCUUUUCUGGGGUCACCCGACAGCCGAGGAGUUGGCCUACAAAGAGUCCUCCUGGCCGCCCCCGACGCAUGACGAUCACAUCGACAUCCGCAAUGGAUACAGUAUUCAACUUCAACGACACAGGCCAAGCGAGUUGAAGGUACCGGAUGGUCCAACUGGUCCAGGCGACAGCGCGCCAUCUCCGUUCGAGUGCACGUUUGGCACACAUGGUGUCACCCAGCUCAGUCCUUGUCCGGGCAAGAAGUCCCUUGCCGACAUGGAGGAGACGCUGCGAACUGGCCAUUUCACCGUGAUCAAAGGUCCAUCCAGUGGCCGGCGAUGGAUCCGUGGAGAAUCCAUCGGUCGCGGCUCUUUAGGCACCGUGUACCAAGCGAUGGACCAGCAAACCGGCGAGCUCCUCGCGGUAAAGGAGGUGGUCAUCAACGCUUCCGAUUCUGCUGACAUGAAAUUCAAGGACCAGCUCGAGAACGAGAUCCAAAUCGUCAAGGAGCUGAAACAUCCCCGAAUAGUCGCUUACCUCGGCCAUGAUUAUAUGGGUGACUCCCUGUUCAUCUACUUGGAGUUCAUGGCAGGUGGCUCCAUGGCGCAAGCUCUGCGGCAGUUCGGCUGCUUUGAAGAAUCCCUGCUGCUGGCUUACACGAGGGAGAUGUUGGAAGGGUUGGAGUAUCUGCACACCAGGGAGACUCCCGUCGUGCACCGGGACAUCAAAGGCGCCAACGUUCUCGUCGAUUUGGACUGCCACGCCAAGCUGAGCGAUUUCGGUUGCUCGAAGCGGGACAACGACACGAUGUCGCACACCAUGCGGGGUUCCAUUCCCUGGAUGGCACCCGAGGUCAUAAAGAACACGGGCUAUGGACGGAAGGCUGACAUUUGGAGCUUCGGGUGCGUUGUGAUUGAGAUGGCCACGGCCAAGACUCCCUGGGGCUCUUUCGACAAUCCCAUGGCCGCCAUGUGCAAGAUCGCGAUGUCGGAUUCCACGCCACCCAUCCCAGAAGGAGUGUCGCCUGCAUGCCAGGACUUCAUCCGUUUGUGCACACGCAGAGAUCCAGCCGACAGGCCAGAUGCCACCCGGCUGCUGGCGCACGACAUCUUGAAAAACGUCAUUGUCGAAGACGACUGCGCGUUCUGGCCGCUGCUCGUCUUCGUCAAUGCCGGUGUCAUGGCCACAUUGCCACCGUUCUUGCUAUGCCAGGACUAUGAGCACAGGAAGGGUACGCUCUGGACCAUUCUCGUUUCGACGUUGCGGUUCGUAGGUUCACAUCCGCGGAACGAUCUUUCAACCCAUGCCGAUCGGCGCAAAGGGCAGGCACUAACGCCCACAAUCCAGGCACUUGUGGAGUCCUGGCCGCGCAGCUUCAAACUGCAAAUCUGGACUUCCUCUAGAUCUGUGCCAUGGGAUGCUCACGGCCGUUGUUACAGGGCUUCGACAGAUUCCGACAUGGCGGACCUGGAGGACAUCGACAACUUAGACGGCUCGCCUAAGGCAGAGUACGUGGAUAUGGCUGCCAGACACUCCUGGCAAGACCUGGAACUGAGCUAUGUCAAGAAUCCGGCUGCCUCUUCCAAUGGGAACUCGGUGAGGGUUCCGCUGGUGGACUCGCAGCCACAGGAGGAGGUCAUCGACCUCAGCCACACGUGCUACAACCUGAUCUUCGUCAGCGGGAGGGCGAGUGUGCUUGCUCCCAUGCUCGCAGUCGCUGUUGGGCAAUUCGGCAUGCUUUGGAUCGUGGGCUGGACAUCUCCCGAGUACUUCUUCGAGAGUGGUCAGUGGGUAGUUCCGAUAUCAGACUACUGGUCUGUGAAUGCCAUGAAGUGCUUGUCCAUGCUCCUGACCCUCUUCAGAGUCAGUGGGGAGUUUAAGGAUGCUGCCAAGCUCUAUCGCGUUCUCGCACACCGGCCAGCUGUCCAAAUGACCAUGCAGCAGCAGCGAUUCCUGGGCUUUGGUGCAUUCAUCCUGCAAUACCUCGUGGCUGUGGUCGUGCUGCUGAUGGCAAUUCAGCUCAUUUUGGCCAGCACGACGCCCAUUGCCACCAUCGGCAAAUUGUGGGUUGUUUUCACUACACUGGACUUCGACAAUUACCUUUGCAACUUUAUCCUCUUCAUCUUUGACUGCGAGCAUGCUUUCACUUGGCAGGCCAGGCUCCAGCGCCGGUCGGCGCGACACCUGGGCGGCGAACCCCUGAGGACCUGGCUCCUGAUCUACUGGGCUCCCGUCGGCGUAGCACUCGCUUGCGUCUGUGUGUCGGUUUACUUCAACAUUUGCCCCCUGACAGCCGUGCAUUACGGAGCUGUCAGGAAUCAGGAGCCCGUGCUGAUGCUCACCUCGAACAUGGGCCUCCCUCAGAGCUGCUGCGCACCUCAGGUGAUUGUUCCGGAGUCAGAUUCCCUAGCACUGGACCAGUCUGCUGGAGUGCAGGUUAGUGUGCCCUGCGUGAGUCCGGGCGAAGUUGGAACAGGCAGCCGCCGGCCACCUCGACUGUACUACGUAGUCGUUCCAGAUGGGCGCCCGAGUCCUUCCAGCCUCCAGGUUAUGGAAGGCCGUGGUGGUGAUGGAAACCGUGGGCUGCGAUACGGUCAUGCGGAGGCAACACCCUUGCAGAUGCGCUGGUGGCUCACCAGCCACGGUUUCGCUCCAGCCGUCUACGAGGCCAUGCGGAAAAGCGGUGCUGGCGGCCUCGGGCUGUACCAGAACACCUUCCCAAACCUAGCAGAGUGGACCAUUGGCGACUUUCCUUGGAUGGCCAGGGCUCGUAUCUUCGUCACUGCGGUGAAUCAAGACACCGGCGCGCUCAGCCCGUCACCGGUGCAGUCGGCUGUGAUCAUGCGCAAGGUCUGCUCCGCCCACUGCCUCAGGUGCGACUCCGAAGGAGCGUGCCUGGCCUGUGACAGUGGCUACGUGCUGGAAGAACGCGAGCAAGAUGCACACCAGGCGCCUGCGACAGGGCGCAAGUUCCGGGCUUGCCUGCCCUGUGGUGAAGGAUGUGCACAGUGCCACAAGUCAGGCCCUGGGCGUUGCGAUGAAGGGAAAUGCGUCCUAGGGCGUGGGCUUUCGUUGACCGGCCAGUGUGUUCCAUGUGCUGGAAGCAUCUGCUCGGGCUGCGACGAGGAGGCCACAAGCCUGGGUCGUUCUGCCACUGACGACAGUGUUGCAACUCCAACAGAGCUCCCAUGUCGUCGCUGCCCUGCGACAUUCGGCCUCACGAAAGACCGCCGGAGUUGCGAGCCAUGUCAAGUUCGCGGUUGCCGGCGAUGCGAUGGACUCCUGGACUUCUGCCAGGAAUGCGUGGAAGGCUCGACACUCAAGAACAGGAGCGAUGGCAUCAGAAUUGUACAGGACUGCCUGAGCUGCGCCGAUCACUGUUCCAGGUGCGAACUGCUGGGAGAAGGCCGCUGCGAUCCGGAGCGCUGCGACCAGGGCUUCAGCCUGACACCCACAGGAGUGUGCGCCCCCUGCUCCAUGCACUGCUCCAACUGCAGCAAAGCUGGCCCUGGUCACUGCGACUCAGGAAGCUGCCGAGCUGGCUAUGGUCUGCAAGGAGGCACGGACUGCUCGAAGUGCCAAGUCGAAGGUUGUGACGUCUGCGACCUGUCCCUGGGUCGCUGUGACGUCUGCCGCGAGGGCUUCGGACUAACACCGGACCGCAGCUGCGAGGCCUGCGCGACUGCCUGCAAACGUUGCACAGGGGCUGGAGUCUUGGAGGGUGAGAACAAAAAUCAGUGGAGGCAGGUGUCUCUCCAGGCUGCGCAGAAUGCGUUCCAGGAUUUGGGCUGGAUGCGGGACGAUGCUUGGCUUGUGCCGAUCAGUGUGAGCGCUGUUCUGCCCGUGGCCCUGGUUUCUGCGACGAGGACUCUUGCAGUGUUGGCUGGGUUGUUCGGAAUGUCAGCG